AUGUGUGUGACGAAGCGUAAACAGAGAAAUGCGAUGUCGGCGGCGACGGCAUCUACCGAACUCACCGCCAACUCGCUGACGCCCACUCCGACGCCGGAAGCGUCGAAAAACGCGAAAUCGAUAGACGAGAAGGAGAAGGAGAAGUCGGUGGCGAAGGCGGCGAACUCGAAGGAGCCGGAGCAGGCGAAGAGCAAAACGAGCGAGGAUAAGUUGAAGGGAUCCGGAGAAAAGAGCCGCGAGAAGGCGUCGGAGCUCAAGAACGCCGAUCGGUCCGCCGAAACACCCAAACCGCCGGCAGUGCAGCCGCCCAGAAAAUUGUGAGAAGAAACGGAGCACGCGGUGCAUCUGUUCGAUCAUUUUCAGCACUGCAAAACGGGAAGUGGACGGGAUGAGAGAGCCGAAGGAUCCGGCGUACGCGACGCUUGAGGACGACGUUCCGAAGUUCGAGAAGGCGUCGCUCAAGGGAAUGAAGUCGAACGAGGUACGAGCGGAGGGGGGAAAGGAUGGGAUCUUCAGAGGGAAUGCUUUCAGAAUACAAAACUCGAGGGCACUCAACCGUCGUCGUCGGAGGAGAAGAAGAGGGCGAGCUGUGAGAAUACGGGCGCAUGA